GCAAGCUACGUCGACUGGCCCGUGCGGGAUGAAAGGGCACCGCGACUUCGAAAGCUGGGCCAACCUGACCGGGAUCUGGCAAACAACCCGCCCUCGACGCCAUCCUCUCCCAUUCGAUUCCUGCAUUCCCUCGAGCCUUCUCUUCAUCCAUUCCUUUCGCACGAGUCGUCUUUCGCCGCCGCCGUUUCCGUCACCAUUCCACAGCAUCUCAACCUCACGCGGACCGCGAGGGGGUUUCCGCUGCAUUCAUCAUCCUGCUAGUGGAGCUAGAGCUGAAGAGCGGGCUGCGUGUACGGGUUCUCGAUGUCGGGGUUAUAACGGGGAUCUGGCUGUGGCAUUGCUUCUCUUUGCUUUGAGCGGCGCUGCGUGUUGUUGUGCUGCUGCACGCCGUUGCGGAGGGCACGAUGGCUUUCCAGCAGCAGCAGGUUGGCGGUGGGAUGAAUGGCGGCCCGGGCGAUCAUCAUGCGCCGCUUGGGACGGAGUAUACGCUUCAGGGUGUUAUGCGCUUCCUCCAAAUCGAAUGGCACAAUCAUGAACGAGCACGGAAUGCUUGGGACAUUGAACGGGCGGAGAUGCGGGCGAAGAUUGCGAAGCAGGAGGGCGAGACGAAGCAUGCGAAGCGGAUCAAUGAGCAGCUGGAUCGGCAGGUUCGCAUGUUAGAGGUCGCAUUGAGGAAAGAGCGGGAGAAGAGCAAGGAUGGCGGCGCGAGGGCGGCGACGCCGGAUAUCAAAGAAAAGGAGAGCAGGAGUAAGAAGAACCUCGAUGCGGAGGCGGUCAAGAGUAGGGCGAGGGAGGAGGCGCUCGAGGCCACUGCCGCCGCAGAGAUGAUGCCCGAGGAGGAAAAGGAACGCGAACACUACGUCGACACUACGACAAAGUACUUGAAGAAGUGCAUGAACGAGAUCCAGUACCUCCUCACGCCGCCGCAACAUCUCCCACCGCCUCAAGUGCUGCCGAACGGAAACUACACUGGUCUGACGGAGCCGCCUUCACUCGAGGAGAUCUAUGCGAGGAAUCAGUUGCGAGGUUACCGACAGCACUCGCAAGCGCUACCGCAGCCGUCUAGCCUUCCGAACCAUCAGCCGCCGUCCGCGCCCAACAGCCUACCGCAAUCUUCGUCUGCGCAGCAGCAAGACUCGGGGAAUGUGCGUUACCGCGAAUUCCAAAAGUCGCAAAUGCUCGCCCAGCCCGAGGUCGAGGCGCAACCGCAACAAAAUACCUCGGUUCAAUACGACGACCAGAUAGAGAGCAUCACACACACCUUCGAUGCUCGCGGCAGAGAAAUUCAGACUCCGGUGGUCGAGACGCCGCAAACUGCACGAGUUAUUCACACACUUCCGGAAGCCGAUGGUUGGACUUUUGACGAUGAGACAUCGGCUCAGGCAGAGGGUGUGCCACCUGACGCUCCCGUCCCUCGUAGACCCGAUGCCGAGGCCUUUCCCAGUGCAGCAAGCAUCCCGAAAUCCCCUCCUAGAGCAUCACCUGCGCAGCAUCGGCGGAAAAGCUCCGGGUCUCAGGGUAUGUCGCGGCGGAGGAGUUCGCAAGGGAAGACGGAUGGGCAUGACACGGCGGAAAGUCAGGCGGCGAGUGACCCGUCUCAGUUUAAGGUCAAGUUCGCUCUUCGUGGACAUCUCGACGUCGUCCGAAGUGUCAUCUUUACUGGCGGCGGUAGUCCCGGCGAGCCCGAAAUUUGCACUGCCGGCGACGACAGCACGGUCAAACGCUGGAUCAUCCCAGCCUCUUACCAGAACUACAACGCCCCCAAUCACGCCAACGACCUCGAUAUCGACCCCAAGUUCACUCAUCGCGGACACGAAGGCAUCGUCACUUCUCUAGCCGCCUGCCCCGCCAGCACAGGUUUCAGCACCGGUGGACGUGCUCCGGGCGACGGCUGGAUCUUCUCGGGCGGCCAAGACGCCACCAUUCGCGUGUGGGAACGCGGCCGUGUCGAUCCAAAAGCCACACUCGAAGGCCACACAGACGCCGUCUGGUGCGUCUGCGUCCUGCCCGCUACCCUCGGUCACGUCUUCGGGCAAAACAGCUCCUUCGGUGCCCCGGACCGCCUGCUCCUCGUCUCUGGCUCCGCAGACGGCACAGUCAAAGUCUGGGCCGUAAGUGGCCCGCCGCAAGUCGCUUCCCCAUCUGCCGGCAGUCGACGAGGCGCACCCGGCACAAGACGCCACAGCACGAGCAGCGGCAGCAACUUCCCCUCCAGCCCGCAACCGAGCGUCGCGAGCGUCACCCCCUUUGCCCACCAACUCAUCCACUCCAUCGAGCGGCCCGCUGGCAGCGGCACCGCAAGCCCCACAUCCAUAUGUCCCCUCUCGCCUGGUGGUGAGACGUUUGUCGUCAGCUACACCGACUCUUCCGUGCUUAUCUACGAUACGCGGACGGGAGAGGAGGUUAUUGGCAUGGCGAGCAAUGAGACGUAUGAUGGCACGAUGAACACGAGCAUCAAUGCGGUCGUCGCUGCGAGUACUGGAUUAGACAACGGUACUCACGCGAACUCGCUAGACGCCAGCGGGAAUGAGGAGGUGGGCGCCGUGGGUGCUACAGGGAGCAGUGAAGGCGUCGAAGGCGUGGUGAUUUCUGGGCACGAAGACAGAUUCGUGCGCUUCUUCGACGCAAAUUCCGGCCAAUGCACGUACAACAUGCUCGCCCACCCCUCCGCCAUCUCCGCCCUCUCGCUCUCCAAAGACGGCCGCGAAGCCGUGUCAGCCGGCCACGACGCCAGCAUCCGCUUCUGGUCGCUCGAGAAGCGCAUUUGCACGCAGGAAAUCGUGUCGCAUCGCGCGAUGCGCGGCGAGGGCGUGUGCGAUGUUGAGUGGAGCCAGGAUGGCCGGCUCGUCGUUUCGGCGGGUGGGGAUGGGGUGGUGAAGGUCUUUGCGAGAUGAUGACGCUUCUUCUUUUCCUUCUUUCCCCCCUUUUUGUUCCUGUGGUUGUUGCGUGUUGUGUGGUUUAGAUUGAGGUGUGCCUUUGCUCAUGUGUUUAUAGGGGUUGGGCUGGGCUGGGCUUGAGCGAGGAUGGGUGUGCUGGGUGCAUGGAUGAGCGAUGGGCUUUUUGCAUAGAUGCUCGAGAUGGGGGGGCAAGAACGAAUGACAGACACACCAAUGG